AUGACCAAUUUAAAAGAGAUCGCCGUCAUCGGCGGCACUGGCGCUCAAGGCAUGCCUGUGGUCAAAGCUCUGGCCGAGAGUGGAAGAUAUCGUCUCAGAGUCUUGACUCGCAACGCCGAGUCUUCUCGCUCAAAGCAACUCGCCGCUCUCCCAAACGUGACUUUGCUCCAGGGCGCCCAGGACAACCAGCAGGACCUGCACAAUGUCUUUCGAGGCGUGUACGGCGCAUGGGUCAACACGGACGGGUUUACUCUCGGAGAGAAGGAUGAACUCUUCUAUGGUUUUAGGGCCUACGAGAUCGCGAGGUCGGAACGUGUGCAACACUACGUCUGGGCGAGCAUCGAGUACGCCAUGGACGCGGCCAAAUUUGACGAGAAGUAUUAUUGCGGCCACAUGGAGUCCAAGGGCAGAGUUGCCAAGUUCAUCCUCGCGCAGGGACAGGAGGACAUGAAGAGCACCAUUUUUAGCACCGGUCCCUACAUGGACAUGCUUCUGGACGGGAUGUUCGUGCCUAUUGAACAGCCGGACGGGUCAUUCCUGUGGGCCAACCCAGCCCCGAGUAAUGUGAAAAUGCCAUUGAUUGCUCUGUGCGACGUCGGAGUCUACAAUCUAUGGAUCUUUGACAACCUGUCAGAGUCGGCAGGUAUUGACCUUCAGGUUGUGACUGACAAUGUCAGCUUCGAAGAGAUUGCCAGUACCUUCACCAAAGUCACGGGCAAGCCCGCAGUCCAUAAGACACUCCCCUUUGAGACAUAUGCGCCUCUUGCCGAGCCUUACCCGGGUGCCUCCGUUAACUGGGUUCUCGGCCCCGACGCGGCUCGAGAUGACUCUAUCAUGAGCUGGCGCCAAAAUUUCGAGGCUUGGUGGCGCUACUGGGGAGAUGGAAUCACUAAGCCGCGGGAGCUCUCGAUCCUAGAUCGUAUCCACCCUAAGCGAAUCAAGACUUUGGAAGGAUGGAUGAAGCACGUCGGAUAUGAUGGAGGACGCAGAAAUGUCUUGAAGAUGGUUGAAGACUGGGGCAUGAAGAACGGAGCCCCUCUGGCAAAGUGA